AACAUUUCCGAGAAAAAAUUUCAGACAGCGAUCUGAGCCACUUUUCAAUCGUACUUUUUCACGCAUUUUCGCAGUUUGAGAACUGGAAAAACAGUCCGAGCAGUUAAUUAGCAGCUGGGAAAUAGUGUCGUUUAAUCAUGGGACGCAAAAAGCCGAAGAAGACUGCGGAUGAUGAUUCAGCCCAAGCUGGAUCGUCCUCACAGCCACAACAACCGCAACAGCAACAGCAGCAACCGCAACAACAACAACAGCAGCAACCGCAACAAAAGCAACCGCUGCAACAGCAGAAAGGAGGUCCACCCGGACAACAGCAUAAGGGACCACCAGGUCAGCAGAAAGGAGGUCCACCCGGACAACAGCAUAAGGGACCACCAGGUCAGCAGAAAGGAGGACCUCCAGGUCAGCAGCAGCAGGGACAGCAACAGCAACAAGUUCCGCCAGCUGCCUGGAACCAGGGCCAACAGCAGCAAGGACAGCGUCCGCCACAACAGCAGCAAGGUCCGCCAGGUGGUUGGAACCAGGGACAGCAGCCUCAACAGCAGCAAGGUCCGCCAGGUGGUUGGAACCAGGGACAGCAGCCUCAACAGCAGCAAGGUCCGCCAGGUGGUUGGAACCAGGGCCAACAGCAACAACGGCAGCCACAACAGCAGCAAGGUCCGCCAGGUGGUUGGAACCAGGGACAGCAGCAGCAGCAACAACAGCAGCAGCAACAACAACAUCCCCAUGGUUCUGGGCAGGGUGGUGGCGCACACGUACGUACAUCGUCCGUGGCCUCAACCAAAUCCUCCUCAUCCGGCGAUGGAAGCCUUCCUUCGGUGGCGGAAGAUCUCAGCCGAAUGCAGGUUGAGAAGCAGAAGGUACGCCGGACCGAUCUCCGCCCCGUACUAUUCCGCAAAGGUGCCCAUGGCAAGAUGGGAAACGCGAUGACGGUGGAGGCCAAUUUCUUCCGGCUGCUGUUGGACAAAUUGGUCGGAACGGCCUACCAUUAUGACAUCUCAAUCGAGCCGGAUAGGCCGAAAAAGUUUUACCGCCCGAUAUUUGCGCAGUUCUGCCAGGAAACGUUCCCCAACGUACGGUUCGCUUACGAUGGCCAGAAGAGUGCUUACGCGGCACACCAGGUGACCGAUACCAAAUCAACCAUAACGUAUCAUCCGAAUGAUGGUGGCAAACCGAAAGAGUUCACCGUGACGCUUAAGAUAGCAGCCACGGUGGAUUUGAGUUCGUUGAAAACGUAUAUGACUUCGAACUUGCAAAGCUUGGCCAAGCCAAUGAGUGCCAUCCAGUGCCUGGAUGUGGUGUUGCGCUGUGCCUACGAAAAUAAUCCCAACUUUGUCCGUUUUAAACGAAGCGUUUACGCCGUCCCAAAGCAGAACGAGCGUAUCGAUCUCACCAAGGGUCACGAGCUGUGGUUUGGUCUUUUCCAAUCGGCCAUUCUUGGAUCGAAACCCUUCCUGAACGUCGAUGUAUCGCACAAGGCCUUCCCUUCCGGUGGGCCACUGGUGGGCAUUUUUGCGAGCUUCAAUCGUGGUAAUCUGCCGCCGGAAGGACGUUCCUUCGAUACCUGGCUGUUAGCGGAACUGCAAAGCUACGUGCGGGGCAUGGAUAUCGUAUACCGCAGCCCGACCGGCACACAAAAGCGUAUGCGCUGUAAUGGAUUGCGCGAUCCGGCCAACAAACAGCAGUUUACGCUCGACGAUGGGAGCAAAAUGACAGUGGAGCAGUACUUUCAGCGAAAGCUGAACUACAGACUAAAGUACCCUUCACUUCCGGUAGUACACGUUGGCAGCACCAUCCGGAGCGUGUACCUGCCGGCGGAACUGUGUGAGGUACCGUUCGGUCAGGCGCUGAACAAAACCCACCCAGACGAGUGUACGGCUGGUAUUAUCCGAUAUUCUGCCACCAGUACAGAUGUGAGGAAAAAGAAAAUUAUGACUCUGACCGACGGUAUACAGUACAAUCGAUCACCGACCCUGAUUGACUUUGGCAUCGGCGUAGGACGGGAAUUCGAGAAGCUACCGGCACGGAUUAUCAAUCCACCCCUUAUCACCUACGCCAGCAACGAUACUGUGCGUCCAUCGCGGGGAACGUGGCGUGCCGAGGGUAAGAAGUUCCUCCAGCCAAGCUCGUCCUUCACCCAAAAGCCGCUCCGUUGGCGUAUUUUGAAUUUGGAUGGCUACACCAACGAGAACGAUGUGGCCGAGUUCGGCAAUUCGUUGUCCCGGCACGCGCAGCAAUGCGAUGUGCAACUGGAACCGUUCAGCAUGAAGGAAACGUACGUGCUCGUGCGCAACGUGCGGGACUGUUUGCGCGAUCUGGGUAACCUGCUGACGGACAUCAAGAAGCAACAGCCAGCGAUUACCAUUGUGAUCCUGCCGUCGAGGGGCGAGGUAUACUCGCAAGUGAAGCAAAAGGCCGAGCUUGCUAGCGAGCGGAUCGGGUUGUUGACGCAGUGCAUUAAAGGCAUGACGAUCCAGCGCAAGCGUGGUGAUCUCAGCACGAUCAACAACAUCAUGUUGAAGAUCAACACGAAAACGAAUGGAACGAACCACAAGCUGGCCAUUGGCUCGCAACCACCGCUGGCUCGUGGUAAGGUGAUGUACAUCGGUGCGGACGUUACGCAUCCGACCAGUGACGAUGUGCCGAGUGUUGUCGGUGUUACGGCCCUCUACGAUCUCGAAGGGUUCCGGUACAAUUGCAGUGUUCGUCUGCAGGGUGCCCGCGACGAAAUGAUUCGCGAUCUCGAGAACAUCGUGUACCGGCAGGUACAGUUGUACCGGGAGUACAACAAGGCGCUCCCCGAACGCAUCAUGUACUACCGGGACGGUGUGUCCGAUGGGCAGUUUUCGGAAAUCCUAACCAUCGAAAUGCAGGCUAUUCACGCGGCGAUCGGUCGCAUUGGGCAGUCAUAUAAACCGGCGGUCACUUUUAUCGUCGUGCAGAAGCGCCACCAUACGCGCUUCUUCCCGGUGGCCGGCGGCCCAACGGAGGGAAAGAAUGCGAACGUUCCGCCCGGUACGAUCGUGGACCGGGAGAUCACGGCACCGGAUCGGUUCGAGUUCUACCUUGUCAGCCAUGCUGCCGUGCAGGGUGUGGCCAAGCCGACCAAGUACGUAGUGCUGUACGAUGAUUCCAACUGCAACCCGGACGAGCUGCAGGCAAUGACCUAUAAUCUAUGUCAUAUGUUUGCACGUUGCAAUCGGGCGGUGUCUUACCCCGCCCCGACGUACUAUGCCCAUCAUGCGGCAUUCCGUGGUCGGGUCUACAUCAAAAACCGUAAAAUCAACAUGAAUGAUUUGGAGCGAGCUUAUCGCGAUAUCCAGAUUUCAUCCGAUGUUAACGACAGGAACCCCAUGUUCUUUGUCUAACUUGUAAUUUCUUCACCAUUUUUUUCUUCUACUAACUGUGCAGCAAUCCAAAUUAUAGUGUAAAUAUUGUUGCACCACAUAUUCUUACCGUAUUAUGCUUAAACUAAAACAAAAGACAGCAAAAAAUGUUUAAAAAAUGUGCUAGGCACAGCGGCGGUGGGCUGUGGCAUUUGUAAAAAAAGCACAAACCAAAAAAAUGAAAGCUGUUUGCAAUAAAGGUAAAAAGGAAAGACAAA